AUGCCUCAGCGAAACAAGCGUAAACGUCAGAUCCAACUCAAGCUGCUCGUCCUCGAGGAGAAGCUCUCCGAGCAGGGAUACACCGAUGUGGAGAUCGCUGAAAAGUUAGAAGAGACUCGGAAAACCUUAGAGGCUGCCGCUGCGUCUGGAGCUGCCGGUGGGCCAACUGCUCCUUCUGCUUCAUCAUCUGAAACACAAACCCACCAAAUUGCUGCCUUGAAGGAAAAACAGAUGGAGAAAUUGAAAGCAGCACUUUGGAUAGGAGCUGAAAACGAGAAUAAAAAGAAACAGUCUGAUCUGGACUCUGUGUUGAGUGAUGAUGAAGAUGAUAGGGCAAAAAAUCAUAAAAAUGAUGGGGGGAAGGAUGCAAGAAGAGGGAAAGAUGAGCCUAAGCAUAACAAAAUGAAAGAAAAGAAGGGAGACCAUAGUGAUAGUGAUAGUGGUAAGGAGAGCAUUGAAAGGAUGAAGAAAAAGAAGAGCAAGAAAGGUCAUAGAGAGUCUGAUUCCGAAAUUGAUCUUAAGAAGAAGUCAAGACAAGCUACAAGUAGAAAAUACCAUAGCUAUUCUGAUUCUGAAUCUAGUUCUAGUUCUUCCUCGGAGUCUGAUUAUGAGGAUAAACGCCCAAAAUCUAAAAAAAGACACAACUCUGAUGACAAUGCGCAAAUGAAACGCCGAAAAUCUGAUAAAAAACGUAGUUCUGAUAAUGAUGCAUCUAAUAAAAGGAAAAAAUACAAAGCUCAAAAGGGGAAACUGCCUGAAUCUGAAACCGACAGUGAUGCUAGCAGUGAUCAUCUUAUCAGGAGCAACAAUGAAAGUAAUUCAGAUAACAAGAGUAAUUAUCGUAAACAUGGGCAGACGGAUAAGAUUAAGUCCAAUGAGAAGAGUGGAAGUGGUCAUGUUAGUGAUUCUGGUGGCAGAGGAGAACCCAUGACCAGGAGGGAGAGAGGUGAUGCACUAGAGGAUGAUAAGAAAAAAGAAGUGGAUUCUGGAUUGGACACAUUCAAGAAGUUAGAACAGUUGCGCCAAUCGAGAGCAGACAUCACAGAGGCAAGAGGAAGCUUGAUGCCAACCAAUUCGAUGAGCAACUAA